AUGAGUUUUUACUGACUCCCUAUCCCCUAUAAAUUGAAACAAACUACCUGUCCCAAUAUAGGUCAAUUUUUUAAAAAAAAAAUUAAAAAUUUAAAAAUUAGUAUUUUUGUUCCAAUUUAAAUAGGAGGUAAUGCACCCAAAAAAUGAAAAUUUUAUCUAUAUUUUGUUCCAUUUAAAAGGGGAGUGAAGAAAAGAAUUCCUAGUUCGAUUUUUUGAUACUCGUUUACAGUUAAAUUUAUUUUCAAUUGCAAUUUCAUGUGACUUAGACCAAGAAUCAAUCAAUAAUAUUAUAUCAAAAGAUCUAAAACCAUCAGGUAUCGCUUACAUAUUAAUUUUAGCUGACUCAGAAAAUUGUAAAAAAAUUCAAAGCAGCUUAAUUUUCUAUAAUAUGAUUAUUUCCGGAUAUCUGAUAAUAUUAGGGCAUUCAUGUUUAAAUAACUCAGUAAUUGAUGGAUCUUUAUUAAUUUUGCCGAGCAAUGACAUUUAUUCAGUUACAGAAGAAGAAUCAUAUUCCAAUAGCUUAGCUUUUGUUUUAAAAAAACUGGAAAAUGGUUAUGGGAACCAGAUAUCUACCAAAUUUCAGCUUUGGAAUAGUUUUCAAGAAUUAAAAAAAUCAUUUGAGUGGGAUUUUACUAUAAUUAACCAACAAAACAGCAGCUUCUAUUCAGUAGGAAAAAUAUCAAAUGAAGCUCUUGAAAUCACCGAAAAUAUUACAUACCCAGGAGGAUCUACAAAUAUUCCAGCAUCUAAAAUAAGCAUUUGAAUAUCAGGGAAUGUCGGCAGCUCCAAUCCUCCAGGCUAUUCACCAAAUCCAGUUAAUGGCUUAAACCAUGAAGGUUCUUAUUUUGCUAUUAAAAAAAUCAAUGAAUCAAAAGAAGUCCUACAAAAUUUUAUUUUCAAAUUAAAUGACCAAAUAAAUUGUGGAGCGAGCGUCUGGAUCUAUAAUUACGCAAAAUCUUGCUAUUUACUCCCUUCCUCUGUUGUUCGCUCACGGAGAGUGGCUAAUUUUUUUUUUACAAACAUUUAUAUAUAAAUUUUAUAGAAUUUUUUUUUCCGAAUUAAAAAAAUCCCACUUCGCAAAAAUUGGAAAGCAAAUGUUAGUUUAAUUUGUAGAAUUUAUGUUUUAAAACUCAAUUUGUUUAAAAUUAAUCAGAAUUAGCUCGAGAUUUCAUUAUAAUAAUUAUCACUGAUAUAUCAAAAUUUUUUUCCAUCUAUUAAAAAAAAUUUUGUUCGCUCAUGGAGGGUGGAUUUUAGGCAAAAAAUAGGGAUCUUGUUAAAUAUUUUGUUCACUCACGGAGGAGGGGGAGUUAGAAAAUAAAAAUGAGAUGGGCGUGGCAUAUUUGGCUUCCUAUCUUUUAUCAAUUUCUAUUAAUACCUUGAACUUAUUUAAGAAUAUGAAUAUGUCUAUACCUAUGGCCAGCGGAGUUAAUUCAGCAACUCCUUUAACAAAUUCUACGAUUUUUCCGACAUAUACAAGAGUUUCGACAAACUCAGAAUAUAUGGGGAAAACAUGGGUUAUGUAUAUGAAAGUUAUGGGCUGGACAAGCUGCGUUGUCUUUUAUGCAGAUGACGCAUACGAUGUAGGAGUCUAUCAACUUUUUCUUGAGUCUGCAGAGGCUCAAGGUAUCAAAAUUCUUACUCCCUCCGUGAGUUAACAAAACCAUUAGAAAAAUCGCUAUUUUUUGCCCAAAAACCCACCCUCUGCGAGUGAACAAAAAUUUUUUUAAUAGAAAAUUUUUUAUUAAACAAAUUUUUGAUAUAUAAGUGAUAAUUAUUAUAAUGAAAUCUAGAGCUAAUUCUGUUUAAUUUUAAACAAAUUGCGUUUUAAACAUAAAUUUUACGAAUUAGAUUAAUAUUUGCCUUCCAAUUUUUAUAGAAAGAGAUUUUUUUAAAUUUCGAAAAAAAAAUUUCUAUAUAAAUUGUUUUUAAAAAUAAAAAUUAAUGUGAGUGAACAAAUUUUUUUGUUCACACACGGAGAGGAGGGGGAGUUAAUAAAGAGGAAUAUAGGAAAAUUCCUUUUACUUAUAAUACUUCUCAAUUAGAAACUUACUCACCCUUUAAAUCUGAACAAAUUAUAGCUAAAAUUUAAACAUUUAAUGUUCAGUAGCCCCCUUGAAAUUGCAGCAAUUUUUUUUCUAUUAGAAAAAUUUUAUAAGCGAUAACUAAUUUUUAUUUUUGGUAUUUAAUUAGUUUUCUUACUAAAUAUAAUUAAAAUGAUGGAAUCAAUUUAUAUUCACCAAGGAGGAGGAGUUAUAGAAAAAAUUUUCAAGAUGCAAUUGAUCAAAAUUGCAAUAUAUUUUUCCUUUUUAUGGCUGAUCCAUCAUAUAUAUAUACUUUUGAUAGCUUUUAUGAUAUGGGAAUGAGAAGAGGAGAUGCCUUAUUUUUAUUAAACGCCUUAACUGGUAGUGAUAUUUUUUUCAAAGCCUAUGGAUACAACACUGACAAAAUUCAAGAACUUUUUUAUGGAACCUUUUUUUAUUUAUUCCAGAAUGGACUGGAACUCUGGGUAAUAAGCUAA